UUUCCGGCCCGGUGGAAGUCCUACCUUAUUUUCCUGGGUUUUGCGUCUUUCGCGAGAAAUGGCUCCGGACUCGGGUUCCUUUCCGGAAGGACCUCCCUUAAAGCUGCUACCCGUAGAUGCUAGGGAUCGAGGCACCCAGCGCUGUCGUUUGGGCCCUACCGCCCUCCGCGCCUUAGGCGCCCAUCUGGGCUCGGCGGUGAAGAUCUCUCUACCUGACGGUGGCUCCUGCCUCUGCACCGCCUGGCCGCGGCGGGAUGGAGCAGACGGCUUUGUGCAGCUGGACCCGCAGUGCAUGAGCCCGGGGGCGGCAGUGGGGGCGCCGGGGUCUCGGGGGAUUAUUAACCUGAACAGAUUCCGCUUAGUGCCCUGCCCGCCCCUUCGGCGCCUCGCGGUGUGGCCGAAGUUGAGGGAGCAAGCGGGCGCGUCCGGUGCCCCGAGUACAGCCGCGGUGCUGGAGGCGGUGCAGGAGCUGCUGAGGAACCGUCCAGUCUCUCAGGGCCACGUGGUGGCCGCUCCACCAGGUGCUCCGGGUCCAGUGGCCGCCCUGCACAUCGUUAGCGGGGUGCCCAGCCCGAAUCCGGCCGGGCUGGUUACCCCUCGCACCCACAUCAGUCUGAGCGAGGUGCCUCGGUCGGAAGAGGAGCCGCAGCCCGAGGUGCCCCUGGGGGGGCUUUCGGAGGCGGCCGACUCGCUGCGGGAGCUCCUUCGCCUGCCGCUCCGCUACCCGCGCGCCUUGGCCUCUCUAGGGCUAGAAGUGCCACGCGGGGUGCUCUUGGCCGGCCCCCCGGGAGUGGGCAAGACCCAGCUAGUGCGGGCAGUGGCCCGGGAGACGGGCGCGGAGCUGCUGGCGGUGAGCGCCCCCGCGCUACAGGGCUCCCGGCCCGGGGAGACGGAGGAAAAUGUGCGGCGGAUCUUCCAGCGCGCCCGGGAGCUGGCCAGCCGCCGUCCCACCCUCCUCUUCCUGGACGAGGUGGACGCCCUGUGUCCCCGGCGGGGCGGCCCACACCAAGCCCCCGAGAGCCGCGUGGUGGCCCAGGUGUUGACGCUGCUGGACGGCAUCGGUGAGGACCGCGAGGUGGUGGUUGUGGGAUCCACGAACCGGCCGGAUGCUCUAGACCCAGCGCUGCGCAGACCUGGGAGGUUCGACCGAGAGAACCAGGACAAUCCGACGAUUGAUGAAACAGACUUCCUUGAAGCUUUUAAAAAGAUCCAACCCUCAUCACUUCGAAGUGUCAUUGGACUGACAGACAUCAAACCUGUUGGCUGGGAGCAGAUUGGUGGCCUUGAAGAUAUAAAACUGAAGUUAAAGCAGAGCAUUGAGUGGCCUCUGAAAUUCCCUCGGGAAUUUGUUAGGAUGGGCCUGACACAACCAAAGGGAGUUCUUCUAUAUGGGCCCCCUGGGUGUGCCAAAACCACGCUGGUGAGGGCCCUGGCUACGAGCUGUCGUUGCUCUUUCGUUUCAGUGAGCGGAGCUGAUCUCUUCUCGCCUUUUGUUGGAGAUUCAGAGAAAAUCCUGUCUCAGGUAUUUCGACAAGCAAGAGCAAAUACACCAGCAAUUGUGUUUUUGGAUGAAAUUGAUUCAAUCUUGGGCUCUCGAUCAAUCAGCAGAACAGAAUGUAAUGUUCAAGAUCGUGUUCUUUCUGUUCUUCUAAAUGAAUUAGAUGGUGUUGGAUUGAAGACUAUAGAGAGAAGAGGAAGUAAAUCAGAUCAACAUGAGUUUCAAGAAAUUUUCAAUAGCAACGUCAUGGUUGUUGCAGCAACAAAUAGACCUGAUGUGUUAGAUGAUGCCUUGUUACGGCCUGGAAGACUAGAUAAGAUUAUUUAUAUUCCACCUCCAGAUGAAAAGGGAAGGCUUUCUAUUCUGAAAGUCUGUACCAAAAAUAUGCCAAUGGGGCCUGAUGUUUCCUUAGAAAAGGUAGCAGCAGAAACCUGUUUUUUCUCUGGAGCUGAUCUUGGAAACCUCUGCAAAGAAGCCGCCUUGCUGGCUCUGCAAGAAAAUGGACUGGAAGCAACCACAGUGAAACAAGAGCACUUUCUAGAAUCACUUAAGACUGUAAAACCGUCCUUAAGUAAUAAGGAUUUGACUUUAUAUAAAAACUUAUUUCAGAAAAAAGAAUUUUCUAUCUUAGAAGAUAUUUAAAAAUUAUUUUACAUACCUGCUCAAGGCUUAAUUGAAAUGUGAAUAUGCACUAUAAUUUGUAACUUACUUUGUGUGUAUUAUUUCUUAUAAAUAAACAAACUUGUGCCUGA